AUGAAGAUCUUUGUUUGUCUACUCGCAACUUUGGUUGCAUCAAGUUCGGCGGGCUUUUUAGACGGUAGCUCAGGAGGUGGUGGUGGCGGUGAUCAUGGUGGUGGUCACGGCGGUGGUCACGGCGGUGGUCACGGCGGUGGUCACAGCGGUGGUCAUAGCGAGGGAUACGGUGGUGGCCACGGAGGAUACGGUGGGCCAGGUGGCAGCGGAGAAGUGAAGACUAUUCAAAUCAUUCAUGAAGAAAGUGCAGGAGGCGGUGGAGGCUAUGGAGGACAUAGUGGUCAUGGUGGUCAUGGUGGUCACGGUGGUCACGGUGGCCAUGGGGGAUAUGGUGGACAUGGGGGCGGCAUCGGCGGAGGUGAAGUCAAAACAAUUAAAGUUAUUCACGAGCAGGGAGGAGCAGUAGGUGGGCACCAUGGACACAGCGGGGGACAUGGCGGCGGUAUCAAUGGAGGAAACAGCGGAGCAGGCUUUGUGAUCAAAGUUAUUCAUGAGCAAGGAGGCAGCAGUGGAUUUUCUAACGGUUAUGCUGAUAAUGGGGGUUAUAGCUACGGCGGCGGAGGUGCUAUUGGCGGAGGUGCUAUUGGCGGCGGUGAAGUGAAAACAAUUAAAGUCAUUCAUGAGCAAGGGCACUCCGCUGGAGGCAAUGGAGGUGGACAUGCAGCAGGCGGUAUAGGUGGUGGAUCUAGUGCCGGUGAAGUCAUUAAAGUUAUCCAUGAGCAAGGUGGUGCCGCCGGAGGAUAUGGACAUGGUGGCAUUGGUGGAGGCAACAGUUACGGCAGCGGUAUUGGAGGUGCGAUUAGUGGCGGUGAUGUAAGCACCAUUAAAGUCAUUCACGAGCAAGGAGGUUCUGUCGGAGGUCAUGGAGCCGGUCAUGGAGCCGGUCAUGGUGGCGGUCAUGGUGGCAGUGUCCAUGGCGGUGGUGAAGUAAAAACAAUCAAAGUCAUUCAUGAACAAGGAAGCGGGCAUGGCGCUGGAAGCAGCUAUGGAGGUGGUAGCGGUCAUGAUAAUUUUGAAACCGUGAAGUCCCUCAAAGUGAUUGGUGAGUUGAACAAUGGUGGUCACUACGGCGGCGGCAGCAACGGUGGCAGCUAUAAUGGUGGUGGUAGCUACAACGGCGGUGGUGGUAGCUUCAACGGUGGUGGUGGAGCUGGCUACUUGCCGCCAGUCAACGACUAUGUACCCCCAUCUCACGGCGGGUCUGGUCACCUGCCUCCAGUGAACGAGUACGCGCCUCCAGCAAAUAGUUACCUGCCAGCUGCAGUGUAAUGAGUGCUUUAAAAAGAACUGUUUAUUAAUAUUCUAGGUUUAAUAAUUUACUUAUA